GUCUUGAUUGCUGAUUUAUAUGUAGUUAAGAUGCAUUCUUGCACAGUUCUGCUUUUUCCCUGUCCAAAGGGAGAGAGUUAAUGUAGAGCCCUGGAACUUAUUUGCAAAAGUAAAAACCACGUUUUAGAUUAGCUCAUUCUUGCCUUUUUAAUUUCACUUUAACACUCUAUCUCAUACUAUGGCUGAAAUUUGUCGUCAUUUUUCUCCUUUUUCACAACUUUCUUAGACACUUCAGACUCACUUUUUAUUGUCACAUGUUGCAUCUAUCCCUGUAGACUCUCCGAGCAAUCAGUCUGCUGUUGCAGUAUCCUGCUCUGUGUUCCUAGUAGUGUUCUUUACUUGGCUCACAAGUAGAGUGGAUCUUCGGGUAUAUUCGGUUAUGCUGAGACUUCCCUCUUAGUUUAUUCAUGAGUAGUUCUACUCUCUGCAAAGGUAGCAGGUUACUCAAAAUGGCCUGUUUAUUCAGAUGUUAUUUUCAGAGCCUUCUCACUUCCAGCUUUUCCAAUUUUACUCAUCUUGCUGAUUUUCAGUAUACUAGGCAAUUUAAUUGGCUAAUUGGCUAAUACAGUGCCCUUCUUGUCACAAUUAGUGGCUAAUUAGCUUGAAGGCCUUCAAUUGAAAAUAUGAUACAUGCUGUUACUGUAAAAUUGAUACAAUGUGGAAUUGCUGUUACUAACCAUUUCUUUACAGUUACCUCUCAAAAAGUGCUGCUUCUGUACAUCUAAUCUUUUUGAAACACGAGAAUUGUUCUGUCCCUGCAAGGAAAUGAUCAAACCAGUUUUAGAGCACACACUGUAUGACUGGAGCUGAUCUGGCAGUUUAUGAACUUGUGUUGCUUUAAUUACUUUUUGUGUAAAAUAAUCACAGUAAUCCGGGUUUCUUGUCUCCUAUAUUUGACAUUUAUUUUCAUAAAAGGUUUUAAGUGUUAACAGUUUAGAUGCCAUGCUCAGUUCUGUAAAAGGACUUCAUUUGGUUAGAUUGAAAACAUAAACUUCUGAGGCCCUUGAAGAUGACAACCAGUAAUCCUGUAAGUAGGGUUCUUUUUAGCACUUUAUUUUAAAGCCUUGUGAUUCUUAGUUUGCUUUGGUAUGAAGAUCUAUUGAAAGGAUAUCCAACAUGAAAUAUCUUUCCAGGUAUGAGAAAUACCAAAUUCUUUUGACAGCAUAACUUAAGAGGCUGACUUCUUCUGUAAUAUGUAAACCCAUCUUUUUUUUUAGGAAUAUGCUUUGACUUAAACUGCUAGUACACCAUAAAAUAUUUGAGAUUGGAUCAUCUGUUUCUUAUGACCCAAGUUUGGGCUUUGUUUCUAAUUACAGAAAUCAUGUCACUGCAAGAAUUUUUCUCUUUCUCUCCUUUUUUCCUCUGCUUUGCAUACCUAACGGUUACAGAAUUUCUUAUUUUGUGUCUCCCACAAAAUUGAAUCAAGUAGAACUUAACUUUUAAAGUAAUCUGAUCUGAACCAAAAUUUAUGGAAAGCAGAAAGGGAAUGCUUUUCUUAGCUGGGACAAUGUAAACUUAUUACUGCAGUAUCAAAAUCUCAUUUUCCCCACCUCCAAAUAAAAAUAUCAUAAAAGAUUUUUUUUUAGAGCAUAUGAGAAAGCAAUGUGUAUUUUAAGCCUGAGCAAGGGGUUAAACACCCUUAGUGUAACUUAAGCUGGCAGACUAGCCCUCUGUUUUUUCUUUUUUAGUGAUGUUCUUAAUUGCUUCUUUAAUUUGAUGUGUAUAUAUUUUAAGACUCAGUUUGUUUUCUGUCUAAUUGUGAAGUAAAUUGUGCCCCAGUUUUUUUAGGCAUUUUGUCAAUCCCAAUCCCUUUAUCAAGGAAUGAAGUGUUAGAUGUGGAGGGAUUGUUUUCCCUGCCAAAGAAAAAGGCUGAUGCAACGUGAGCAGAUGAGUUUGGAGGUUAAACACUUGAAAUGGUGAUACAUCUCAAAGGAAAAACAUGGCCGUGUCCCUAAUAAGAGAGCUAUCUAAAAUUAGGUGCUUACGUUUGGCCUAAUUUUCUGAAGAACAGUGCGUCCUCUUGCUCGCAUCAAUUGAGGCAAAAGGUAAUCUGAGUUUUAAGAAACUCAGUUCAGGUUUUCUCUAGCUUAACUUUGGGCGUUCGUGUUAAUUAGCAUCUGUAAAUAUCUAGUGCCCUGCAACCUCAGGAGUGACGCUUCAGACUGGGUAGAGGCAGGGAGUAAAGGGAAGUCCAGAUUAAGAAUUGUAUUUAAUAAAAAGUUAAUAAUGUAGAUGAGCCAUUGUUGUUCUGAAAACUUUCCCUGGGGAAAAAAAAUCUUAAGUUAUAUGUCAGAUCUCCCUUUUUUGCCAGUUUAAAAGCAUUUGAAGUAUAAUCAGAAUUAGAUCUCCCAAACUUUGGCUCUGGUUUGCAGAUAACUUCUACUUCAGUUUAUAAUAGUUUUAAAUUACAUGUUAAGACAGCUUCAAAGCAUGUUAUAUCUAGCAGAAUCAGCCACUGAGGCUUUACAGCUUAUGCACCCAAAUUUAGAGGGUUUUUUACUGUUUAAAGAACUGUUUUCUGUAGUAUAGUCCUAAUACUUGUUAGCAAGUUUUAAACUGAAAAAACUUUGGUUUUAACUAUUGAAUGUUUCAUAGGUAGGUUUGCUUGGGGUUUUUGGUGGGUUUUUUCCAUCCUAAUUGCCAGUAUAUUUAUUAAUUUAUAGUUGCAGAGCCUACAUCUUGUGCAGUUAACAAAAAGUGGUGCUCUCAUUUUACAUCAUCUUGAUAAAAUGGAUGAAAGUUUCAUCUUGCUCCACAUCAUAUUCUGUGUAUCAUGGAGUAAUAUUGUAGCGUAGCUUAACGAUAGUACUUUAUGGGAGACUUUAAAUCCAGGUUUUUCUCCUUUGUGGAAAGUGCAAGGUGAGCAUUUAGCAUACAGAAGCUCGACAGUAAGCCUCAGGAGUGUCUCAUUGUAUCCAUAAGGAUGGAUAUAGUGUGGCGGAAACUAAAAAUCAGGAAAGAUGAGGGAUUAGGAAAAAAUCAUUUGUGGGUGCUGAGCAGAAAUAUACAUGUAAGAAGAGACAGAUGAAACAGUCGGCCAGUGCAGUAUACGUGUUCACAGUUGAAAAUGUAGGCAAUAAGAGAAAACCUUCUGUUGUUAAACUGCCCCCCAAAGAUCCAUAAUUACUCGCCCCUUCAUUUCUCUGUGAACCUAAAGCUGACUUGCCCCAUGUGUCUCUGCUGUUCCCUUUGCUUACUGAAGAGCAGCAGAGUGGAAAUUAGACCGUGGCUCACAGAUGUGCAGCAGGGAAACUUCACAAGUUCUGUCACUUUACAAAUGCGAAUAUAGCACAAACUAUAUAGCUGUUACUUGUAAGAAUGUAAGGAUAUGGAGAUCAGGCCUCUGUACUUUGAUAAAGGAGGAGUCCCCGUGCCUUCUCUCCUCUUGAAAUAAAUAACUCCGUAAUCAAAAUAGUCUGCAGAGAAAAAGCAGAAAGCCCUCAUUCCUUUCUAGUGCUAAAGCCAGAACCAGAAGGAGUUACCUGGCUGAUUUGGUUUAAUUCCAUUAUUCCUCCUUUAUACCAUCUUGAUUUAGAUCUCCUUUUUUUUCUUGAUUAUUCCCCUCAAAUGGUCAUAUAUUUUUAUAUUUCACCUGUAUACUUGUGGUUUGUCCUAGCUAUGCACUUUCAUUUCUUUUAGUCUUUCCUUUCUGAAUUCCUUGCAAUUUCUUGGCUUCUUUAUGGUUCUAAAAACUUGAAUGUUUAGUUGACAUUAAUUUUUAAAAGUCUGAGGAAUGAAGCAGAGAGAGUGGAGGAAAUUCUAAAAUUACUGAAGACAAAAAAAAUCUCAGCAUCCAGUUCUAAAAAUUGAAAUCACUAUGAUAUGCAUGUAUGCUGUAGCAGUUAUCCCCUGGUAAGCUUUGCACCUCUGAGGCAGGAUCGAGCCCAUAGAUUGCAAGACAUUUUUCAUCAGACACCUUUUCACCCAGGUUAGGAGUUAAGAGGUAGGUCCAAUUUCAGUGUCUCUUUAAAGCACUACAAAAAGAUUUUGUUAUCUAUGUCUCUUCGAUACUUCAGCUUAGAAGAGAAGGUACUGCGCUAUACAACAUUAUUUUGUUAAAAAUGGCUUGCCAUAUGUGGCUGUUAAUUUUUAUUUACUUUGCUGCAGGAGUGGAACCAUCAUAUCAAUGGAGCGACUCACAGCCGACGUUGUCAGCUGCUGCUUGAAAUAUAUCCAGAAUGGAAUCCUGACAGUGAUGCAGGACAUGGAAUGGGUGAUCCCUUUAUGUUGCAGCAAUCCACAAACCCUGCACCAGGAAUCCUGGGACCACCACCACCUCCAUUCCACCUUGGAGGACCUCCUGUUGGGCCAAGAGGAGCUGGGAAUGGAAAUAUGCAAGGACCGAGACACAUGCAAAAGGGCAGAGUGGAAACAAGCAGAGUUGUUCACAUCAUGGAUUUCCAGAGGGGCAAGAACUUGAGAUAUCAGCUGCUUCAGCUUGUUGAACCAUUUGGAAUAAUUACAAAUCACCUGAUUCUAAACAAAAUCAAUGAGGCAUUUAUCGAAAUGUCGACCACUGAAGAUGCCCAGGCUGCAGUAGAAUACUAUUCAACAACACCCGCACUGGUAUUUGGUAAACCAGUCAGAGUCCACUUGUCACAGAAAUACAAAAGAAUAAAGAAACCCGAAGGUAAACCUGACCAAAAAACUGAGCCACCAAAACCAGAACUUGGUCGUGUGAUUCACCUCAGCAAUUUGCCUCAUUCGGGAUACUCUGACAACGCAGUACUCAAACUGGCUGAACCGUAUGGAAAAAUUAAGAACUACAUACUCAUGAGAAUGAAAAGCCAGGCUUUCAUUGAGAUGGAGACCAGAGAAGAUGCUUUAGCUAUGGUUGAGCAUUGUGCCAACAAAGCGCUUUGGUUCCAAGGCAGAUGUGUGAAAGUGGAUUUAUCUGAAAAAUACAAGAAACUGGUGUUAAGGAUUCCAAACAAAGGAGUUGAACUGCUGAAAAAGGAUAAAACUAGAAAGAGGACAUAUUCUCCAGACAGCAAAGAUUCUCCAAGUGAUAAGAAGUCUAAAACAGAUGCUACUCAGAAACCUGAAAGUGGCAGUGUAGAAGAUAAAGUGAAAGAGGAGAAACAAGAUGAUGCUGCUGAGCCAUCGGGUACUAAAAGUAGUGAACAGGCAGACCAAGAUGAGCCUAGUUUACUCCUUGAAUCUGAAGAUGAGCUGCUAGUGGAUGAGGAGGAAGCAGCAGCACUGUUAGAAAGUGGCAGCUCAGCAGGAGAUGAUGCAGAUGUUGCCAAUUUAGCUGAUGUGACUACUGAAGAAAAAAAGGACACAGCUGAUGAUGUGACCGUAAAAACUGAGGGGAAUGUUGUGGCCAAUCCAGCAACAAAGAAAAAGCUUAAAAAGCGAUACGUGGGUGGCUUUCCGCGGAGCAUGGAAGGUUUUGUCACUCUAGAUGAGGUUGGUGAUGAAGAAGACUCAGAUCAUCAAAAACUCCGCAAGUCAGGUUUGGCAGUAAAAUCUGCUGGCAAAAACGAUGAUAGUUUGGCAGAAAUCAAGGUAGACAAGAUUGAGGAGCCAGAGCAGGAAAAUGAAACGUUAGAAAAUGGAACCAAAACCGAAGAUAAUUCGAAGGCUGAAACUGUUGAAGCUUCUGAUACGACAACAGCACAGGAUACUGAGAAAAACGCCCAGGAAAAUACAGACACCCAGGAUGAACAGGAAACAAAGAAUGUCCAAGAGAAAUCUCUUGUUCCAGAUGAAUUUAGGAUUGGGCCAUACCAGCCAAACAUUCCUGUUGGUGUGAAUUAUGUGGUACCCAAAACAGGGUUUUAUUGCAAAUUGUGUUCCCUGUUCUACACAAAUGAAGAUGUUGCAAAAAAGACCCAUUGCAGCAGCCUUCCUCAUUAUCAAAAGUUGAAGAAAAUUCUGGAUAAAAUGGCAGAAGACCACAGGCAAAAGAAAGAAGCUUAAAAGGAAGGAAAGAUGUAAGGAAAACAAUGGCUUUGUUUUUAAUGUUAAUCUUUUUUAAAAGCAGUACAAGUAGUAGAUGGAAAUACUGUAUUCUUUUUUGUUUUAGUGAAAUACAGUAGGCAUUAUAGGUCUGUUCAUGUGUUAAAUGUUGUAGCAAAAAGCAUAUGCAGUUAAGUUAAUGACAAAAAUUUGUUCUUAAUGUGAGAAUGGCAACAAGUUUUCAUUUUGACACUUCAAGCUAUUAAAGAAAAAAAAUCUUGCACCCUUGUGGAAAGCUCAUCUAUGGGAAGAAAACUUCAUUUAAGUGAAAUUUACUACUUUCAAGCUUCAGAAAUUGUCUUUCAAUUCCAUUCUCAAUAAACAGUAAAAAGUAACACUGUAUUUUUAUUUUAUCUAGAACAUUCCAUAUUUCAGUCUGAGCCUAGCAGAUAUUUAAUUUUGAGUGUAAGGCUGUCAUUGCAUUUCACUUUUGAGAAGUCUUUAAAUGUAAGUUGCAUUUUUAAAUGUUGAAUUGCAGUUUCUUUUAAUGUCAUUGCUGUUAUAUAGCAAAUAGGAAAAUUAGUGAUUAGUCAGCUUUACAACUUUGUGAUUUUUUUCUAAGCUCUUGAUAGACUCUCCUAUUCAGCUAUUCCGUGUAUUUUUAGUGAAAAGUAAAUGCCCAUUCUCCUCUGACCAGUAUUAUUUCCUUGAGCUCUUCCUGCUUUUACUUGAAUCCUGUAGCUGUCGUACAUCUCUAGUAUAUUCAAAAGCAGCAUUUGAGUCCUGAAAUGUAAAAAGGUAUCUUUAUAUUCUUCACAUGUAAUUUUUUCAUACCUGCAUUUUAAAACCGUUUUUGUUAAAAUCUGGUUUCGUCAAGGAUCUUUAGAACUGUGCUCUUAAUGUACCUGCACAUGUGAUAUGUGAACAGGAAUUUGCAUGUGUAACCUGUGUUUAUCUGUAGUUUUUGUUAUUUACUGCUUAUUUGUGAAUUCAGGUUACUAAAGUGAUUUACCAAUAAACAAAGCUAGGCAACAGUAA